CACGGCGGAGUAUGGGAGCGAACAUAAACAUGUUAACAGUGAGUUAGUGAGCGCUGGUCUCCUGCAGGCUCGGGUUUAGCCGGGUUUAGUGUAGUUUAGUGAGUUAGUGCUGGUGUGGAGGGUAUUAUAGAUAUUACAGGCGUUUGUUUGGAGGUAUUGUAGCCUGGCUGGGUGAGGAGAUACUGUACUUUUCACGCUGUUUUUUUGGGCUGGAGCAGAAGCAGAGCUGGAGCUGGAGCUGGGGGGGUUGUUGGUUUAUAACGCUGGAGAGAGACUUUCUCUGCUGGAGCUGCAAACAGCACAAGUUUCCUUUACUCGUGUUUUUUACUCGAGUUAGUGAUUAUAACCGGCUGUAACUACAGAGAACUCACACAGCCGUGCCUCGAGCGAUGGUUCUGAAGGAUGGAAACAGACGACGUGUCGCUUAGAGAGCAGCUCUUCCACGACAAGGUCCGAGAGAUCCUGAUUUGCGUGCAGCUCUUCAUCUGCCUUUACAUUCUGUCCUACCUCAUACUGACUCACUUCAGGAAGAAUGCAGAGUUUGUUACAGAUGAUAUAGAAGAUGCCACUGUCAACAAAAUUGUGCUGUGGCUGUGUACGUUUACGCUCUCAGUGGCAGUGUGUGCAGUGCUGCUUCUACCCAUCUCAAUCCUCUCCAACGAAGUUUUGCUCACAUUCCCACAGAGCUACUACAUGCAGUGGCUCAACGGCUCACUUAUACAUGGUCUAUGGAACUUAGUCUUCCUCUUCUCCAACCUGUCCCUGGUCUUCCUCAUGCCUUUCGCCUACUUCUUUACUGAGGCAGAAGGCUUCACAGGGUCCAAAAGGGGAGUCAUGUCUCGGGUUUAUGAGACUGCAGUGAUGCUGCUUCUCCUCAGUCUGCUGGUGCUUGGCAUUGUGUGGGUGGCCUCAGCUCUCCUCCACGACAACACGGCCAGAGAGAGUCUCUACGACCUGUGGGAGUACUACCUGCCCUACCUCUACUCCUGUAUCUCUCUGUUUGGAGUGCUGCUGCUGUUGCUGUGCACCCCAUUUGGAAUGUCACGUAUGUUCAGCGUCACUGGGAGCUUAUUGGUUAAACCGCGGCUGUUGGAGAAUGUGGAGGAGACGAUGAACUGUGCUGUGUUUGAGGAGGCCUCGCUCUCCAGGAAGCUCAACAGUAACACCUCCUGCUGGCUGAACCUGAACAUGGAGGCGAUGAAGAGGCAGUUUGUGAGCAUACAGGCUAAGCGCAUGGCUCUGGAGACGAGGAGGAAGGCGUCGGCCUGGCAGCGUAACCUGGGCUACCCGCUGGUCAUGCUGCUGCUGUUGGCAUUAACUGUGGUGUGUGUGCUGAUGGUGUGUUUCCAUGUGCUGGAGCUGCUCUUUGAUGAGUCGGCCAUGCCCAGAGGAAUGGAGGACCCUCAUCUGGGACUGGCUUCGUUCUCUGUGUUUGGCUCUUUGGGUGCUGCAGUGCAGGUGGUCCUCAUCCUGUAUCUGAUGGUAUCAUCCGUGGUGGGCUUCUACAGCUCUCCGCUCUUCAGCAGCAUGCUGCCUCGCACACAGGACACCACCCUCACACAGAUCAUAGGGAACUGUGUGUGUCUGCUGGUGCUAAGCUCAGCUCUGCCCGUCUUCUCCCGCACUCUGGGUAUCACAAGGUUUGAUCUGUUGGGGGACUUUGGACGGUAUAACUGGCUGGGGAACUUCCACAUCGUUUUCCUGUACAACAUGCUCUUUGUUGGGCUCACCUCAGCCUGCCUCAUCAACACAGUCACCUGGGCUGUGCAGCGGGAACUCAUCCGUGCCUUUGGUCUCCAUCGGCUGCCUUUCACUGUGACCCGAUCUGCAAUCCCCUUCAGGCUUCUGAUGGCAAGCGGACUAUCAAAAAUCCAGUGAUCCAGUGAUGCUGGUUGACCUUUCUCAGUUGUUUUUGGCUGUUAAAGCCGUCUUUCCCUCAGGCGGAACCUCUUAGAGUCUCAGAGUGUCUCCUUUUGGAGCAGAGGCCUGGUUUUGGUCGGUUCACCUGCUAAUAUGGGCGAGCUGGAUCGCCAGAACGUUGAGGAUUGAGGAUCCAAGCUGCUUGGCUUGCUGUCUGGAGGAGGAGGUCCAUGGGAGUGCUUCCGAAAGGGCCAUUACAGAUUGUUUUUUUGUUUUUUUUUUAAUAUACAGUUUUAUUGUGAAGACUGCAUGUGGUUGUGUUGAGUUCCACACAGAUAUGUGUGUGUGUGAGAGACGUUCUUCUACUAAAAAAAGGGAUUGAGGCUUCAGUCUUCAGGUUCAGUCUCUCACUGAACAGGAACACCUUAGUGAAAAAUGAAGCACAGAGCACAGUGGCUGAAGGAGUGGGGCUCUCCACACACACGUCCAUCCACUAAAGCUAUUUCAGAGGAUGACUGUGUGUUUCCUUUCCCUGUCAGCAGACUGAGGGGGUUCAAUUCUGCACCGACCGGUAAGCCUGAGGCGCUUUCCCCUCCUGCACCACUAUUUUUAGCCUUCGUCCACCAAAAAAGUCCCACUGCUGUCUUUACAGUGGGUCCUAAACUUCACUUCUGGAGGAAAGCAGUCACAGGAUUUCCAGUCUGAUGAGGGAGGAGAGCUACAGGGUACAGCAGGACAGGAUGCACUGUCUACAUACACUAAGAGACAAUCAGGAUUCUCUGAUCACACAAGCGGCUUGUUUGCCUCUUACGGCUUUUUGGAGUUUUGUGUUCAGCGAAAAUAAAACUCGAUGCCUUUAUGACACAAAUACAUUUUUUUUUUGUAAAAAGAAACUGUCCUGGACCAAGGUAACUGUGAAUGUAGUCUUUUGUGUUUUUAAUAUAUAGAGAUAUAUAAAUUUCCUGUUUGCUUUUUUUUUUAUUAUUAAUAUUUUCUUCUUUUUUUUUUUCAUAUGCAAUUCAACCAAGUGCAAUAUUAUACUGUAUAGUGGAGUGUUGGGUAUAAAUGAACAGUAUAACACACACACACACACACACACAUAUAUGAUGCCUAUCUUAAAUACAUCCAAUUCAUUUUGAGUGCUUUUUUUAAAUAGAAUUUUAAAUCAUUUUAAGUGGAGUCUAGUUGGAUUUACAGAAAGUGCACAACAAUUGCAAUAUCACCAAUAAUACCAAUAAUAGUAUUCUGUGCAUCUUUAUAACAUACGCACAAUACACACACACACACACACACAGAGUGAUCAUAGUGACGGUCAGUUUGUUUUAUAUAAGGGCAGUUGCGCCACUUUCUCUGCUUUUGAUUUUAUCAAAUGACGACUAUUUAAUACUUUCUUUUCUUUCUUUUUUAUUAAUAUUUAUAUCCAUUCACUUGUUUUACUUCAUUUGCUGUAUCAGCAUGUUUUAAACUGAUGAUGUCCUUUGUGCAGUGGCCAGAAGGGGACAGCGUAUCCCAGUCUCACGGUGAGGCCCGUGCCUCAUGCCUGAUCUUCCGUUAUAAUAUUCAUAUUCAUUUGUUCUUUUUUUUUAAUAUAUGCAUUCUUUUUUUUUUUAUAAUGCAUUCUCUCUCUCACCUCUCUUAAAAAACCCAUUGGCUUAUGAGGAACUUUAAGAGGAUUAUGAGGAUCACAUGUGUCCACACUAGGCAGUUGGACCACAUGUUUUAGGUGUGAUUGUAGUAGUUGGAGUUGUUGAAAGAGAGAAAGAGAGUGUGAGCAGGUCUUUUGUAAUGUGAGUUAAGAGAUGCUCUGAGAUCUGAAAUCUCUAUCUGAUGAUGUGAAAAGUGUUUAAUUUUCAUUUUUUUUGUUCUUUUUAAAGACAAACAAGGAGGAAUGUGAAAAUAUGGUAACAGACUGGUAAAUCUCAACAGUGAAAUGUUUUUUUUUUUUUUUAAACACUGUUUACACUUCCUGUUUAAUGUACUUUGAGCAGAAAAGAACAAAUAAAUGUAUUUCCACCUGUUUUUCUAAA